CUCCCUGACACCAGCUGCCCACAACAAUAACAACAACCAGCCAACGGCGGAGUCCGCCUCUUCUAAACUUCAGUGGUUCGUCUGUUUCCAUGACUCAUGGCAUAACGGCAUUUACUACUCAGGAGAAGAGGAGUUGCUUGCAUUGUAACGAUCAAGGUUAAAGAAGCGCAGUUAACGUCUUGCAAAGUUGUCAACAUUUUCAGAGACAAAGUUUAUGUUGCAUAUUUGAGCUUUCAUAUGUGCCUUGGGUGCUUCAUGAGUGAGAAGCGAAUUGUCAAGAUCCAGGCAGUAAAAGAAAAUAGUGUAUAACCAAACCAAAGAAAUAUUAUGGUUACUGAACUUUUUCAACAAUAGACUUAUACAGGCCGCUGAUAAAGAAGGCAGUUUGAUAUGAGUUUCACACUGGAGUGAGUGACCCCACCCUUAGCCAAAGAUGACUAACAUGGAGCGCUUCCGUCUGGCUACCAAAAACCAGCUCAGCCCAGAGCAGAGACAACUCUUUGAUCUCGUGCUGGCCGCUGGCAUUACCAUCCACCCAAAGAUCUUCAAGGUGCUAAUGGACCUUCUGGCACUAAAUGUGCCACCUCAUGCUAUUCUCAGCCUUCUACGAGAGGUGCGUGACAAAAUUCCACAUGGCCAGCAAGAAGACAUGAAUGAAAACUUAACAGCAUGGGACCACACCAGUGGCAGUCAUACAUAAGUAACAAGUGAACUCCUAGAGAUGAUAGCAUUGCCAGACCCACUUUGCUUAUAAUACUAUAACCAUGUUUGUGGAGUUUUUACCCAGUGUUUUUGUAAUGUGCAAGAGCUGGAUUUUGUGAUUUUCAUAUAUUUUGCUUUUGUGAUUUCAUUAUUUUAUUAUUAUUAUUAUUAUUAUUAUUAUUAUUAUUAUUAUUAUUAUUAUUAUUAUUAUAAAUAUAGUAUGUGGUUACAACAAUUGUAAAGAAAUAUAAAGGGAUGCCAUACUCAGUCAGAAGUGUUGGCUUAGGGUUAGUAGCACCACCCUUGCUGGGUCUCAGUCUUUAUGAUGAUGUGAUUAAUAAUAUCUCUCUCUCUCUCUCUCUCUCUCUCUCUCUCUCUCUCUCUCUCUCUCUCUCUCUCUCUCUCUCUCUCUCUCUCUCUCUCUCUCUCUCUCUCUCUCUCUCUCUCUCCACACACACACACACACACACACAAAAGUACAAGAACUGUGCAAGAUUUACUAUUUUUUUUAUUUUAUUUUUUUUUUUUUUGUCAUACCUUUCCAUUCUGAGAAGGUUUAGAGAAAAAACUAAACAAGAUAUAAUAACCUGCAGGUAAAUUUCCAUGAAUAGCAUAUAUAUAUAUAUAUAUAUAUAUAUAUAUAUAUAUAUAUAUAUAUAUAUAUAUAUAUAUAUAUAUAUAUAUAUAUAUAUAUAUAUAUAUAUAUAUAUAUAAAACAUGUGGCCAGCUGUGCUAUACCCAGUGGAUGUAGUACAAUGGUCCAUGAGUCCCUUUCCACCAGGGCCUGACAGGGCUGAUGGCUGAGUUUACAGGAUGUAUGUGUGUGUGUGUGUGUGUGUGUGUGUGCUGUGUGGUGGUGCUUUGUCUGGGCCACCUCGUGUGGGAUUGCCAGUUUGAUUAUAUAUAUAUAUAUAUAUAUAUAUAUAUAUAUAUAUAUAUAUAUAUAUAUAUAUAUAUAUAUAUAUAUAUAUAUAUAUAUAUAUAUAUAUAUAUAUAUAUAUUCCAAAAUGUCACUAGCCUGUUGUGUGUUCAUAGUAAGGUGAGCCAUAUGGACCUCAAACAGGACUUGAGACUGACUAAUGGGCUGUAAGUUGCUUUCUCUUCUGGGUAAGACAUGGAGAAGAUAAAGGUCAUGCCAAAAAUUUUGUCUUUUAGUGGAUAUGUAGCUACUUUUGAGUCAGUACCAUAUGGCCGCUGUUCUAAUCUUUUACAUAGAAAUGUAGCACCAGAGUGUAAGAAGCUUUUCUUACAGCUGAUUGUCACUCACUGAGACACCAGUGUUAACCAAUGACAUUGUAUGUAUGGUUAAAUUUGAGAAGAUCUAUAUUUUUUUGUUAAAUUACAUUCUUCCAUGGCAUGUAAUAUACAAAAUGCUGCCAAUAUACUUAGUGAAUUGGAAUGAGGCUACAAGUGAAAGAUAUGGUAUUUUGAAGACACUUGAGAAAGAGCAAGCUUGAUGAGGCCAUGGAGUGAAAGUAAUGGUAAUGAGGAUAUAAUUGUAUGUUUGUUGUUAAAGGUAACUUUAAGAGAUGAACUGAGGAGACUUGAGACCACCUCCUCUUUAUCUUUAUUACAACAGUGAGACAUGUUGUCUCUGCUACCUCAUCUUUAAAAGAUGUCAGCUUGGUAUUUUGAUAGAUAUUAGGAUGUGGGAUCCUGAGCAUUUGAAUGGUGAUCAAAUGGUUCAUCAUUUUAUUAAACUGAAGGUUUUCAGUUUCUAUGCCCACUUUCUGCUCAGUAUGGGAAAUGAGGUUAUGGUGAUGUUUCAUAAUUCAUGCAUGUCACAAGUUAAAAUAUCUUACUAGGUUGAAAGUUUGUGCUUUUUCCUUCUAUCAGUCUGAUGUAUGCAUUCAAGGCAAAAAGGAUGUUGUUUGUGAUGCUUCAUGGGACACAAGGUGUAUGUAAAAUGCUAUGGUCAUCAUGGGAUGUCUUGAAUUAAACCCAGUUUUAGAAGGAAGGGAAAACACCACCACCUUGAGUUGGCCAGAAAACCAGAAAGUGUUGUUUAAGCAGGAUGAUUGGCUAGGUAUGAGAAAAUGCAUAAAUGUAUUUGUAUUUUGUCCCACAAGUAAGCAAAUAAUGUAUUCACAAACUGAUAAUGGAAAUUAAACACAUUAGUGAAAAAGUCAAAUUCAGAUAAAAAAAAAAUUUGUCUUUUGUAAAUGUUGUUGCUAACAAACUGAUAUUUACUGUAUACAAAGUUCCAUAGAAUCAGGAAAUACAUAUUGCAUACCUUGCUUCAGCCACACUCUUACACAAAUCUUGUCCACAAAAAUGUUAGGCUUUGUAGUGCCAUUGUCUUAAAUGUUACUAUUUAGCAAAUAUAUUUUUCUUGAAUGUUACUAUUUAGCAAAUAUAUUUUUUUCUUGAAUGUAUAAUGAAAUACUGAAUCUCAACAGAAAUUGGAUGCUAAAGACCCCAGUUUCAAAUUGUUAAGUCAGUAGAGCUAACUUUACUCUGAAUGUAGUGUACUGACUAAUGGGUUCUCACUGCUGUGUUAUAUUGUGGUGGUAGUGAUAGCUUAGGCCUCAGGAAAUAACAACAUGCACCUUCUGAGAGUUCGAACUUCAACAUAUUAGCAAAAAAAGUGCUCAAAACAGAUAAAUUAGUCCGUUAGAUAUUAGUAUGCAAUAAAAAGUGAUACUUGCAAAAUAGAAAUAGUAAUAAAUAUUUCAGUUUUAAGAUCCCUUUCAUCUUGUAGUUCAACAGGUCUAGUGGCUUCCUUUUUGCCAGGUCAAGCAGUAACAGGAAAAUAAGGUGUGCCCACUAAGGAUGGUGGUGCUGCAUAGUUCAAGUACAAAGUGACCCAGAGUCCCCUUGUUCAGUGCUAUUUUUUUCAUAACCUUUAAAGAAAUUAUAAGGAAAGCUUUAGAUGGUGCCAAACUGAGGUUGUUUUAGGUGGUGCCAAACAGGCUGUUGUGGUUAUGCUUAUAAGCCAGGUGCACCACACACCUCAAAAUUCUAGAAUAAAUAUAAUGUUCUUUUUCUACAAAAUGUAUCUAAUAGAUAAGCAUUAUUUUUACUAUUCAAAAAUUUCUUGAUAAAACUAUUUUAUAUGUAAAACAAAGUCUUUAAAAGUGAAUAUAAAUUAUAUUGUUAAUACAAAUGAGGUAUGGAUUUAUAUAUUUUGUUUUCCACAGUAUUCUUAUUUGAUUCCUGUGUCAAGUAUCAUUGUAUACACAAGUCAUUGCCUGGUUCACUGUUAACACUGUAUGAAAAAAGCUCUUGUUAUUUGUAUAUUAAAUGACUACAAAUAAUA